AUUUUCGAAAGUUACCUAGAGAGCCAUCCGUUCAGUCUCCAGGAUGGUGUUUUCUCACUUGCAUGAGCUUGAUCUUCGUUAUCAUCUAAGCCGGCAAACUGGAGCUCUAAAUCGCAUAACUGACAGAGGCAGCAAUGCAAUAAAUUUCAUUCUUACAGUGACAGUGUUCAAUAUUGUUCCCACAAUACUAGAGAUUGGUAUGGUGUCAAGUAUACUUGCCUACAAGUUUGGCUCCACUUUUGCUUGGAUUACUUCAGUUUCAGUCGCUACUUACGUUGUUUUCACUUUGGCUUUGACACAGGUGUGAAUGUUGUACUUUGUCAUCGCAGCUGUAGUCUUAGGAUAUUCUUGCUUACAUAAAUGCUCAAUAUAAUAUAUCUAAUGAUCACUUUUGUAUCAUGUCUUACUCUGAUUCCUCUCAUCGCUGUCUGUUUCAUUACGACAGCGGCGGACCAAGUUCAGGACAGCCAUGAAUAAAGCUGAUAAUUGAUUUCCCUA